ACUUUUUAUCACUACAACCCUGUGCCCAUGGUUGACCACUUGAGUGAGUCGGGGCUGUGUUGCUGCAAGCUGCCACGGUGCCUGUGCUUCCUGCUGCUACUGGUGAUUCUGAUGGUUCUACUUGUAGCCCUGCUCAUCUUUGAUGUCAGGGCCAACAGCAAGCACUGCAUGGAUGGCCUCCAAGCAGAGCGGGAGUGUCAGAACCGCACUCGGUACGUGCAGCACCAGCUAACCCAGGCCCAGGAAGUCUUACACAAGAUGGAGGUCCAGGCCGCCGCCUGCAACCAGACGGUGGUGACCCUGAGGGAUUCUCUGAAGGUGGAGCAGGCACAGGUGGCGGAGCUUCAAGGAGAGGUCAAGAUUUUGAAGCAGAAGCUGGAGGACACUUUGGCGGAGGUGCAGCGACUAAGAAGAGGGAGUGAGGCCUCAGCUGAGAACAACUCUUCUAGCUGUUCGAGCGUCCUGUUCGCUGUGGUCGUGGUCUUGGUCCUCGAGGCCCUGCUGAUCUGA